UUUUGUAACGAAGGAUUUCAUUGGACAAUUAUUUACCCACAAUGCGUUAGAAUGUUAUUUCCUGCCUAGCAACAAAACAACAUGGCGGAUUCUGAAAGACCUGCAUCUAGUGCAUCUAAGAAGGAUGAAGUUGCAGAACAAGGUGAAGCACCAACAGAAAGACCACCUUCUGGAAGACCCCAAUCAGCAGCUAAAUCUGCUACAGGAUCAAGACCAACUUCAGCAAAACCAGGAUCAAGGCCUGCAUCCGGAAAGCCUGGAUCAAGACCUUUGUCUGCAAAGUCAAGAGGCUCUGAUAGACCUCCUUCAGCAGCAAGGAGUGGACGUGGUUCAGCAGCUGAUGAUAAAGCACCUUCUCCAGAGGCUGUAGAAGAACCAGAACAAACAACUGAGCAGCAAGAAGAACAGCCUGUUGUAGAUAGAGAAGAAACAGGUCAAUCUAUUGACCGCCCUGCUUCAGCUGGCUCAAGGCAGGGUUCAAGACAGGGCUCAAGACCUGCUAGUGCUGGAAGACCACAAUCUGCAUCCAGAGAACAAACACAGGACACUGUUGGAGCUCCUGCCCCAGGUGGUGAUGAUGGUGAAGGUGAUGGUCAAGGUGAUAAUAUAAUUGAGGAUGAUUUCGUACCAAUGGAGCAGAACUUUAGUCAGAUGAUGGUUGCAGGAGGCGGUGGACCACCAGAUGGUGAUGGAAGUGAUGGAUCGGAGGAUGAUGACGAGGAAGAGGAAGGGGAGGAAGAAGAGUCAGAUGAUGGUAGUGAUGCUGAAAGUAAUGUCAUGGUUGUACUGGAGCCAGAUCAUCCAUUGAUGAAAAGAUUUCAAGCUGCUCUAAAGAAGCAACUUACCAAGCAAAAUGAGAAAGUUACACUUGAACUCAGAGAACUUGAUGAGUCAUUGAAGACACGUAAAAAGGAGCGUGAAGAUCUCGGUGUAGAUCUGUAUGGGAUACAACAAGAACUAGCACGAUAUCAGAUGAUGUUAGAGAAGAAACAUGACGAGUUCUCAGAGGUCACUCAGGUUAGAACACAGGAGGAACAACAGCUAGAUGAUGUUAGAAACAUGUACAAAGAUCUCCAGUAUAAUGUCAAUGUAGAAAAGAAAAAGACAUCUGAACUACAAGGAGAGGUAGAGAAUUUGGCACUGAGAUUGUUUUACAUGCAGAAUGCCAAGGAAGAUGUACGUUCUGACAUUGCCAUCAUGAGAAGAGCAGCAGAGAAAGCUGAUACUGAAGUUUCCAAAGCAGAAAUAGAGAAACAGAAGCAGGAUUUGUUUGUAGAUCGUCUCGUAGAGCGGGUAGAUAAACUUAAGGAAGAGAUUGCCAUGUAUGAAGCACAGCUCACUGCCCAGCUGGAGGAAACUAAAGCAGCCAAAGAACAGUUGAUGGAAGCUUAUAUGGAGAUUGAGGCAAUCAGUUUAGAGAAGAAGCAGUUAUACCAGCAGUGGAACAGCAGUUUGAUUGGUAUGAGGAGAAGAGAUGAGGCCCAUGCUGCUAUGCUGGAAGCACUUAGUCAGCAACAACAAAAGGUGUUGUCCCUGGAGACGGAGAUUGAAGGCUACAAGAAGUCUAUCCAGAAAGAGCAGGAACAGAAUGAGAAGCUUACUCUAAUAUUAAACAAGACAGAGAGAGAUAUAGAGACAGUGAAGAAACAGUUGACACAGUGUCAGAGUAAACAUGAUGCUCUCAAGUCAGAAUAUGCCACCUAUACCAGAAUACUUCACGAGACUGAACAGAGUCUUAACAGGGCUAUGACUGAUAAAACACUGCGGCAGAAUGAGUUAAAUGCUCUACGGAAACAGAUAGAGAGGGAAUAUCUGGAGAAAGUCAAACUGGAAGAUGACAUCAUGGAGAAAAUGAGAAGUCAACUUACUAUGGACAAAGCUGCUCAAUAUACUAAGAAACUUACUGGCAAGAAGAGAGAACUGACUAAACAACUGGAAACUCAAAUGGCUGAAGUAGAGAACGACAUAUCCAAUAAUACCCUGCAGAUCUCUAAUGUCAGAGCUCGUAUAGAACGUUUGCAGAAAAUCUCGGCUGAACUUGAUAAUGAGAUUGCUCGCCAGAAUGAGAUCAUCAACAGAAGUGAGACUGAGAUUGUACGCAGGAACGCUAUCAUUGAACGUAAACAGAAUCUCAUUGAUCAGUUUAACAAGAAGCUUGAAGUGAUGAUCACCAAGGCUGGGGGUAUUGAACUGGGACCUCUGGAGAUCAACAUCAACUCCCUACAGAAGUCAAUAGAUGCACGUGUACAGGAGAUUGUAGAUCUCCAACAAUUAUGGUUAAGACAACAGACCGAGUUGGUACGUCUAGCAAAAGAUAAAGAUGAGCAGUCUGUUGAUGUUACCAAACUAAAGAAACAACUCACCAUUCUAACACAGAAGAAAGCUAGAACUGAAGGUGAGAUAGAUGGUCAGAGAUUGGAAACAUAUGAUAUUGAACGUAGCAUCAGUAAUAUGCAGAAUGAUAUGAUUAAACUCAACAAAUUGUUACAUAAAGAGAAGGGAACUCAAGUUAUGCUUCAACAAGACAACAUUCUCAAAGAGAAUGACUUUAUCACUAGUCUUAAGGAUCACGAGCAUGAGUCUAUAGAGUUACAGACAAGUCUCGAGGCCCUGAAGGAGGAGAAAGAAAGAUUACUCAACAGUCUAGUUGAGGCAGAACGUCAGAUAAUGUUGUGGGAGAAAAAGACACAACUUGCUCGUGAGACUCGUGCCGCUGUGGAUUCUGAAGUAGGUCAAGGUGAGGUGCGUGCUAUGAAAGCAGAAAUUCAUCGUAUGCAGGUUCGAUACUCCCAGUUAAUGAAACAACAGGAGAAAAUGAUACAAGAGAUGGAGAAGGCUGUAUCCAGGCGUGAUACAAUUGUUACUCGAGGUGAUGCCUCACAGAAAAUUAACAAGAAGGUGCUAACAAAGGGAACGUUUGAACGACAAAUGAACGAGACUAGAAAAAAGAUAAAACAAACUAUUCAGGAAGCUAAUUCAUGUGAUGGGGAGAUACAACAGUUACGUGAACAUCAGACACAGCUGAGCUCACAGCUAGAACAAGGUCAACUUAACGUACAGUCAUUACAGGGUAACUCCGAUUCCAUUGAUGGAGAUAUUGAUAGACUGAUUGAAGUUAAACAGAAGAAUAUGACUGAAUUGUUGGCACGGCAACAGAAGAUGAAGUACUACCAGCAGGCUAAGGAUGGCAAGUACCACAGACUGUGCAAGUCCGAGGCUUCACUAGAGUCUGAGUAUCAGAAGCAGGUUGACAGACUACAGUCACUGAGCGCCAUCGUGGAUCGUCUCAACCAGGAAUACCCUCAUGUACAGCCGACAUUACGACGUGUUACAGUCAACCUUAGCUCAAAGACUGUAGAAGAUGAGAGUGUAUAGAUAAAUAAACAUUGACCAAAACUGUUCUGUGAUAAAAAUAAAAAACUGACAUUGUCUUAUAUAUGAAUUUGAUUAAAAUUGUUGAAUGUUGUUAAAUUAUGUAAAAAUAUUUGUAUUUGUUUAUAUAUAUUUAUAAAGUAUUUAUUUAUUACUUCUAAAUACAAACUUACAAUAGAUUACUAAGUGUAAAUGUUAGAUAUAAUUGUGUGACGCACUGCCAGCAAAAAAUAAGAAUGCUUGAACUGCAGCAUUCUACAAAUUAUACAUUCUUUUCUGAUAAUUUGCCAAGAGUUUGUUGAAAAUUAUUUAGAUGUAUGUUUGAUUUUUAAAAUAUUUAGGUACAUGUUUAAACAGUUUUAUUGGAAAAAUAUUCAGUGUGUUUCAAUGAUCUGUGAGACAAGUGUAAGCCAAAACUACAUGUAUGAAUAAUUAAAAAUGUGAUGUUGUCAAGCUAAAUGUAUACAUGCAGUUGAAUUAUCCCGUCCAAUUUCUUAUUAUUUUCAGUUGUUUCAUUUAUUUGUUGUUGUUUUUUUUUUCUUAUCUAAUUAUAGAUAUAUAAUUGGUUAUAUGUGUUUAAACAUUUUGCUAAAAGACUAUGAUGUGCACAUAUCAAUGAAACUCUGUCAUAUGUUUUCUUUUGUAAUGAAUGUCACUAUUUCAAUAUGCAUGAUGUAAUAAAUAUGAUAUAA